GCAGUGCUGUUGUUUCUGUCACUGGCAUUGCCGAGGAGGAGAGUGAGGUAAAACGAAGAAAAGGAGGAAAACGACGGCGACGGCGACGGCGACGGCGACGGCGACGACGAGUGACGACGGUGGCGACGAGAACUCGCCGCGGUCAUUUGUAGCGACAUCUGACCUCGUCGUUGCUUCCCCGAGGGUCGCCUCCUCGUCGUCGUCCUCUUUAUCGAGGAAGAAUGGCCGACUCCGAGUUCGAAGAGUUUCGGCAUUAUUUCGAGAGGCUACCCCAACAUCUCAAGGCACCCCUUUCAAAUUACACGCUUGUGCACGACGUCACACUCGAUGACUCGCCUACGUCAUCGCAAGGAAGCGACGGCGAGGUCGGAAGAUCCUGUGAUGGGGUUGCCGGGGAUUCCGAAGACGAGGAUGUCGUUGUGAUACAUCGUCAUGAUAAUCAGAGUGGACACACCUCGGCCGACGAUAGUGAGGAUCUCGAUAAUCAUUGUUCCAUCGUAGCUGACAGUGACUUCAGGUUGGUAACAUCAUGGCUAUUGUCAGAAAAUACAGCCUCAAAUCGCAUGGUGAAUGGUAGCUUAGCUCAUAUACGACUACCCUUGGGUGACAUUAGCUUGUUCGGUGGACUGAGCAGCAGGGGUCGAUCAGCAGGCGGUCCUGGCCCAGGUGGAGGUGGAACAUCGUCAUCGGGAAAUGGUGGUAGAGACAGCGUCGUCAGCGACGUCGGUGAUUCCUGCUCAAGUUUAAGUUCCUGGCCAACGCCGGAACACAUCCCAGCGAAUAGACCUGGAAGUGGUAGCGGAGAACGUAGACGUCGAAGAUUACCGGAAAUUCCUAAAGCUAAAAAAUGUAUACCCAUCGGGCAGAUGUCAAUGCAGACGUCUUCCUCAUUGGCGGACGAAUUGAAUGCUGCAACAGGCUCGACAGGUUCAACAGGUUCGAACUCCGGAAGGCCUCAUCUCGUUUUACGAAAAUGUCAUCCUCGAUUGCGACACGAGGACAGCUCACCGGACAGCGAAAGGAUAGCUACGGAUAGCGGACAUUCGACUGCCCAUUCGCCCGAUAACGGGCCCAAAAGUGUAUCUCCGAUACCGUGCAACACUUUGCAAAAUACGGACUCUGUGUCCCCUAGUAGCACGCCAGGUCCUACUGUAGGAAGCGGAGGAGUACCGUUUACGCAAUUAGAGUUGCUAGAGGCUACGCAUCGAGGAUUGCACAAAUUCGUACCAAGACAUCACGACGAGAUCGAUCUCGAGAUCGGUGAUCCGAUAUACGUUCAAAAGGAAGCGGACGAUUUGUGGUGCGAAGGCGUCAACUUGCGAACAGGCAGACAAGGCAUUUUUCCUUCGGCUUACGCAGUAGAUAUGGACUACAGUGACUUUGAUCCUUCGGCACCAAAAGUGAAGAGAGAAAGAUAUCUUUUAGGUUACUUGGGCUCGGUGGAAACCUUGGCGCAUAAGGGUACUGGCGUUGUUUGUCAGGCUGUUCGUAGGAUCGUUGGUAAUUCAUCAGAGGAAUCCCCGAUAUCGCAGAGUUGCAUACUCGAAGUGUCCGAUCAAGGGCUUCGAAUGGUGGACAGGAGUAAGCCGCGGAAAAAUCAGGGUCCUUGUCACGAUUACUUUUAUUCCCUGAAGAACGUUUCUUUCUGCGCCUUUCAUCCGCGCGAUCAUCGUUAUCUCGGUUUUAUCACGAAGCAUCCGACGUUACAAAGGUUUGCUUGUCACGUGUUCAUUGGUCAAGAAUCUACAAGACCCGUCGCCGAAGCCGUCGGGCGAGCCUUUCAUCGAUUCUAUACGAAAUUCAUCGAGACUGCUUUUCCGAUAGAGGACAUUUACAUUGAGUAAUCAAUUAUUUUUCUUUGGUCUGGCCUCGUGGCACCUACGGAAGCGAAGAAAGAAUAAAAGAUCUUGACGCUGCUCCUCUUUCCCUUGUAAAUAAGUUUCCCAUUUAGCUCUAAAUAAAUAAAUAUAUAUAUAUAUAUACAUACAUACAUACAUAAAUACAUAUAUAUAUAUAUAUAUAUAUAUAUAUAUAUGUGUGUGUGUGUGUGUGUGUGUGUGCAUACAAAGAUGAAGAGAAAAGAAAAAACAUAAUAAUAGGCGCCAAUCAAACAUCCAAUCGUAUACAAAUAUAUAUAUAUACAUAAAUACAUAUAUACGUGUAUGUAUGUGUGCAUAUAUAUAUAUAUAUAUAUAUAUAUAUAUAUGUAUGUACACACACACACACACACACACACACACACACACACACACACACAUUAUGCAUAAUCCGUAUGUAUCGAGUUAACUACGGUAAGCAUUGCGACGGGACCGACGCCUAUUUGUUGACAAAUUUUCAUUGAAAUUAUAUUUAAUUUUGUUGUUAAUUAUGCAAUCAUAUCAUUUGAUUCAUUGUUGGCAAGGCCGUUAGUUCCACAAUAGCGUUAAUUAAUGCCGCUCGAAGGACGAAUAUUGUUUAGUGAUUUCAAUGUAAAAAUGAUAUUGUCAUUGAUCAUUCAAUGACCAAACACCGAACGAAUCCUUAAUCUCACGUAAAUUUUUCCUUCUCCUUUUUUUCAUUGCAAGAAAGAUAUGCAAAGAUAUCAAUUUUAGUAAUAUUUCUUUUCUUGCCUUCUUCUUUCUUCUUUUGUUUUUUUUUUUUAAAGACGAAUGAUAUCUUCUUUCGUUUCUCGAUGAGAAGUCAUCACGAGAAUUUAAGGAUUCGGAAGGAAGUCGUGCUUAUCCCGAUAAAAUUAUGUAAAAUUUACGAAUUAGCAACGAAAACCACGUAGAACGAUAGAACACGUAAAAAGCCACGUCUUUUUAGAAGUUAGUAGUAUAUUUUUCUAUGUUUCUUUGCGGCAUGCUCUCUGACCUCCUUCCUCUCUGAAUGACUGUAAAAAAAAAUCAUAAAAGAAAAGAAAAAUUUCUUUGUAAUUCCCGCGGAACGGACAUUCUUUCUCUACUUUAUUAUAUUCCUCCUAACAUUCCUAUCUAAUUAUAUUUUGAGAUGCGGAAAAAGGUGAGCGUUUGAUCGAGAAGAAAAUGAAAAUGAGAAAAAUAUGAAAAAAUAAUAUGUGUAUAUAUAUAUAUAUAUAUAUAUAUAUAUAUGUAUAUAUAUAUAUAUAUAUAUGUAUAUAUUGUAUAUAUAAAGAACGCACAUUGGCCUCUAUUGUAUUUACGAAUAUCGUUAUUAUUGUAACGCGCCGGUAUUUCACGAUAAUAAAAUCGACAAGUUUUUGUUUCAACA